AAUGUGGUGCUCAGGUUACAGAUGUUAAUUUGUUACCAGGUUCUAUACUUAACAUCACGGUUCAAUCUCCUGAUUAUGAUAACAGUGCGGGAACAUCAGCAAUAGGCCACUUUACCAUGCACGCUGAUAAUGGCGUAUAUUGUAGAUUUUUGUAUGACCCUAUAUGGGUUAAUGGUUGUACGUGUGAAAACUGCGAGAAUAUACCUCUAGCUUACACUUCACAAUGGUAUUUUUAUAGACCAACUCCUCCGAAAGGAACUUAUUUUGAUGUUUGGAUUACAAUAUAUUGGAAUUGUGAUACCGAAGGAGGCGCUGUUGUUGCAGAUUGUAAUAGCGAAAUAGUACAUCAUCGAGACUUUGUCAAGUAG